AUGGAGAGUAGGACUGGAGAAAGGCUUCCCGAAGUAGAAAAGGAAGAUAGAGGGAGUUUGAAAGAAAGGAUUUGGAUAGAAUCGAAGAAGUUCUGGAGGGUUGCAUUUCCUGCUAUGGUAACAAGAGUAACAUCUUAUGGAAUUUUGGUGGUGACACAAUCAUUUAUGGGACAUAUUGGUCAAACCGAACUUGCUUCAUAUGCAGUGGUCCAAACUACUCUUAUACGAUUAGUAACUGGAUUUCUGUUUGGAAUGUCAAGUGCCCUUGAAACUUUAUGUGGUCAAGCAUUUGGAGCAAAGCAUUACCACAUGAUGGGUAUCUACUUACAGCGGUCAUGGAUUAUUAUGUUUAUCACCACACUCAUUUUGUGCCCUAUUUUCGUCUUCACAACUCCUAUUAUGAGACUUCUACGUCAAGAGGAAAAGUUGUCACAAGAAGCAGGCAAAUUUGCUCUAUGGUUCCUUCCUAUCAUGUACUAUUACCUCUUUACCAUGUCAAUACAAAAGUAUUUACAAGCCCAAUUCAGGAACAGUAUAAUUGGAUGCCUAUCUACUGCAUCAUUUGUAAUUCACUUGAUCGUGUCCUGGAUUUUUGUGGACAAACUGAACUUGGGGGUGCUUGGAGCCAUGGUUGCCUUGAUCAUCUCUUCUUGGUUUCUGGUUAUUGGAGAAUUAGUCUAUAUUUUUGGUGGUUGGUGCCCCCAAACAUGGAAGGGAUUCUCUAAACAUGCAUUUUCUGAACUUUGGCCAGUUGCCAAACUCUCUUUUUCAUCUGGUGUGAUGCUCUGCGUAGAGAUAUGGUACACCGGAGUGCUUGUCUUGGUGGCUGGUUACAUGAAAAAUGCUGAAGUUGAAAUAUCUGCUUUCUCGAUUUGCUUGAACAUCAGUACUUGGGAGCUUAUGAUGUCCUAUGGUUUCUAUGCGGGAACUAGUGUACGCGUUGCAAAUGAGUUGGGUAGAGGAGACUCAGAAGCGGUAAAGUUCGCUGUCAAAAACAGUGUAAUUACUUCAUUGUCCAUUGGUACUAUAUUCUGGAUUCUCGCUUUGGCCCUUGGUCAUAUCUUAUCCUACGCAUUUACAAGUAGUGUGGAGGUUGCGAAAGCCGUGUCAAGCCUUUCCCCCCUUUUGGCUUUCUCUAUCUUGCUCAACAGCGUUCAACCAAUAUUAUCAGGAGUGGCUGUGGGUGCAGGUCGUCAAGCCAUGGUAGCAUAUGUCAACAUCAUCUGCUACUAUUUUGUUGGGAUCCCUCUUGGGAUUUUGCUGGCUUAUAUUGCUGGUCUCAAAGUUGAGGGUAUCUGGAUUGGAAUGGUAUGCGGAAUAGGAGUACAAACACUUGCGCUUAUCUAUAUCACCUGGAAAACUAACUGGGAUGAUCAGGUGAAAAAGGCAUCCGAGCGUCUCAACCGAUGGUUAUGCGAACCUUCUCAUGAGUCUAAUGGGAAUACACAAGCCCUACAGUCUUCGUGA